AUGUCGGCGCUGCUGGAGCCGCGGUACGUCGAAUGCAUCAAUGGGGUCUGCAGGAGACGCAGCCGCUGGUUCGAUUGGGGUCGGUGGAUCGUCCUGGGCAUCAUCCUCAUCGUCCUCCUCAUUGUCGUCUUUUCGUGCUCAUGCCUCGCUCGUCGUCGCCGUAGACGCGGUGCGCAGCCUAUGUACGGCACCGGAUGGAUGGCACCUCACGGCAAAAUGGGAGGCGACAACCAGCAGAUGAACAAUUACCAGCCGGGCUACCAGCAGCAGGGCUAUAACCCGCAAGGCCACGGCCAACAGGGCUACCCGCCACCGCCGCCAGCGUACGGCCAGCCGCAACAGCAGCAGUACACGGGCACGACGGGCACGACGUUCAACCCCAACGACGGCUACUACGGCGACCCGUCGCAGCAGCAGCACCAACCGCAGUACGGUGUCCAGCAACCGCCCAACACGUACCAGCGUGAGGCCGCCUACUCACCCCCUCCCGGCCCGCCGCCCGGCAAAUAG